UUUAAUAUCAAGUUACCUUUGUUACUGUCAGAUGAAUACAGCUACCAUAAACUUAUUUUAUUACAAUACAAUACCUCAUUUAAUUGAAAAUAUAUUUAAAAAAUAUAUAACAAAUCGAGCUACUAUUUCACUAUCAUUGCAAUAAAAUAAACGAAUUACUUCAUCGUAAUUGGUUUAAGUAAAACUUCUUUCUUUAGAAAUAUUAUUGAAGGGCCCCCCUUCAUCAAGUUUUUAACUGCACCCUUUUGAAUGUUCUCACGGUAAGGGCCAGAUAUCAAACAGCUGGCUGUCAGUUUGGUGUUCAUGUCGCAUAGGAGUGUAGACGAUUCGAGUGAAAUGUUAAACAAUUUGUGCUCCUGUUUUAUUUGUAGUGAAAACAUGGGAUUGCUUUUCUACCUCUUGAAAGUGUUUUACAUAGUCGUUAUUUAUAAAAUGAAAUCAUACAACUUGUUGGACAUUUUAAGACAUAUUGUCAAGUGUAAUUAUCCAAUAAUAAGUAAUAAAUGUUCAACGGCUGAGGUAUGUGGUACAUUUAUUCAUAACAUAACACAUCUGUGUAAAUAACUUUUGUCUUUAUGCAAUCUGUGUCUUUGUAUUGUUUGAAAAUAUACAUACACGACGAUAUUUGUAAUCAAUCAAAGUAGGUAAAUACUUUUAAAUAGCAUAUAAGCACUACCUGCAACCGUGCUGAAAAUUCAAGUGAAAGUUGAAUAGAAAUGUGACUUAGACGAGGUCGCUUUGAUGUUAUUUUGUAAUUCAAGCAUUCCUGCUUGAAUUUUUGCAGCAAUUCCAUAAGAAAAGCAACAUUUCUCGAUUGUAUUUUACUGUUUAAGUAUGCAUUACUAUUUUAUUCAUAGGUACGUAUUAAUUUAGUUACUUUGAUAACGUUUUACUUAAAUUAGCUUUAUAAUUUUAAAAAUCAUUGGAGAAUUCCAUUGCAUGAAAUUUGGGGUCGUUAGAAUUCUUUUCCCGAUUCCAAUAGUAGACGUAUAAGUAAUAUACGCGCUAGGUAGUAAGUUUGAUAAGCGUGAGACACGUUUAGCGUCCGUGACAACUGGCGUGUUUAUCAAAGCGCCCACAUCCGUUCUUGCUCCCACUUCGAAAAUGAUUUAAUAGAUAAUGUACAUCUCUAGUUCAAGUGUAAUCUCUGCAGGAGAUAACAAAUUACAUAUUAUGUUUUGUAAUAUUAUGCUGGUCGGUGCAUGCGCAUGCGCAGGCGGUCUAGUACAGACUCACGCGGUCUACUGACCCGAUUACUUACAGCUUAUUGACAGAACUCUUUUGGCUCUCGUGCCCACCGGCCAGUUGGAGAAAGGUGUGCUCACUCAUUGAGUGCAAUCAUUGUGAACAAAAUAAGUAUCAAAUUAUACUUAGCAAUUAAAAAGUAUACGACAAUCGAAAAAUACAACUGUUCGCAAAACAAAGAAAGAAAUUUAUGUUUUAAGUACAAAGAGUCUAAUUUUGUUUUAGACUAUUUCUACGUAAAUAAUUUGACUAACGCAUUUCAAAUGUUUGCCAAAAACUAUAAUAUGACAAGUGUGAAGACGUAGGCGUAGUGAAUUGCGUCUAUUUAAGACCCAUUUUUCUCAUUAUAUCCUACUUACACGAUGUUUUAAAUACAUAUGUGUCUUACCUAUUUAAUCUUACCUGAAGAAAUUUAUAUGCAGUUACGAAAAUCCGCAAAAGCAGUCUUAUAAUAAUUAAGCAAUGCAAAGAAAAACGCGCGUGGCGGGCACCUCCGGAGUGCGCGGGAGGGCGCUCCCACGGGUUGGCGAUAUUUUUAGUCCGCGACCAUUACUUGGCACCGGCGGCCGCACUCGGCUGCGCUAGUGAUCUUUCUGAAAUUCGUUCGCGGUUAGGUACGUUCUCAAUCUCGAGAUAGACCCAGUCUUAUGUCCGGUGCCGGAGCAUUCACCGCUAUGUAGGAAAAAAAUCGCGAUCGAUAAGCAACAGUCAGUAUUUGUAUCGAUCUUCACAAAUGUGAAAUUAUGACGGUUCAUAUAUACUUUGUGAUGUAUCCUGGUUGAGUGCAAAGUUUCCAUAAGUGACUUAAGUGGAGUGUUAUAUAGAAUUAAAAUGGCCACCCUAAGUGCCACCGGCAAUGGAACAACCAGCCCUCGGCGUCAUCGAUACAGUCGUGCCUCGACCACAAGCGUGACUCAGCUGCUGUCGGAUGGCUAUUCCAGCAUCAUGAACAGACUGACGAGGCGGGGUCCCUCUGAGAAGUCUGAUGCUAUCGCUGACUCAAAGCUGACCGCAGCACGUACUCGAUAUGAUGAUAAACUUCUGACAAAUAAAAACCCCACUUUAGCUAAUAUGCGACGAUUCGAAAAUAAUAGACACAUUUCACCAUACACAUCAUUAUUGCCAGGAAUGACCACUUCUACAGUCAGAAAAUUAAAUGACGACCGAGGAUACUCAGGUUACCUGGGCGCACCUAAACCGCGUAUUGAAAUGUCACCAUUACAUUCUACUACCUCUAGCAUAAACGCUCUUAGCCGCAGUGACUCAUUCCGCAGAGCCCAAACGAAAGGUAAUAAAUCAUCUCCUUUCACAAAACGUUAUCCGCUCAAGGAAGCCAACCACAAUAUUGAUAGCACGCUAUCAUUAGGCAGUACACGUAGUCGUUUAGAAGAUAAAUAUUCUUCUGUCUUAGAUAGAAUAGCCAGUCAGAAAAAAGAAAAGGCAAGAAAAGACAAGGAAGACCGUGAUAAGACAUUAGAACCUGAACCGUCGAUGCCUCGAGGUUUGAUGCGAAGCCUGACGACUGCUGUUUUUGGUGAAAACUCUUUUAGACGUAAUCAAUUUUCUCGGGAAAAGACCAGAGAUAAAACUCCAUUCAAAAACACAGGAGACCGCAGAUUGUCCUCUCAGAAACAAAAAGAUAAGGAUGAAUAUAAAAACGGCUUUGACAUACCCCUUCGAGAUAGACAAAACUAUGGAAAAGACAGGGACAGUAUAUACCGAAGACAUCAGAGGAGAUCACUAAGAGCCGAAAAGAGUGAAACCAAAGACAGGAAAGGCAAGUUGUGCUUGAGACCUAUAGACAUUAGUUUGCAUUCCGGAGUCAGGGAUUUAAUAUCGCCUUUGCAACAAAACAUUAUUGAUUCAACUUUGAAGUCAAAGACAACUAAAACACCGGCCUCCAGCCCGUCUCGAGAAAUCGGUAGACAAAAGCAGAUAUAUUUCCCGUCUAGUGACGAGGAAGAUGACGAUAAAACUCCUGUAGGCGAUCAGGUGAUGACGGACCGCGAGACCAGACGCAAAGAGAUUCAGAGUCUAAUAAUGAAAUACGCGCACCUGGACGAGGUGUACGGCCGGAUCGGAGAAAAGGAGGCCAAUGCAGUAUCGAGCGACGCGGUGACUAAGAAGACCGAGCCGCUGGGCGUGGGGGACGUGGUGGCGCUGCCGCCCGAGCUGCGCAGCCGCCAGCGUCCGCAGCGACCGCGCCACUUGCUGCGGCGCGCGGUCACGCCGCCUGUAAGCACCCGCUAACCUGUCGUGUGCCGCCCGCUAACACACCCGGCUGGUCCGUUGUUUUUCAAUAUACACUAUUUAGAUUUGUACCACCUACUUAUCACUAAAUGCGGAUGUCUGUGGUUCUAAAAAUUCUUAUGCUUUCCAAAGAAGUGUUUUUAGUCACGAUAGUAAAUAUUUUGAAUAUUGUUCAACCAUAACAAAUAACAUUUCGCUCGAAGGGUCGCAUGAAUCAUCAAAAUAAUGUCAAUGAAAAAUGACGGUAUCGGAAAGUAGUUUAGGAAAAAUAAAACGAGGGUGCAGUAAAAUGUCAAAGAUUCGCAAAUUGCAGUAAUAACUAGCUAACAGUUUUGACGUAACAAUUGAUUUAAACGAUAGAGAAAUGAUAGUGCAUGUAUUAACUUAUUUUAUUCGUGUUUUUAAGUUUAAGAUGUCUCUGUUUCGUAUUAAAUUAUUUUCUAAUCCAAAACGUAAAGAAAGUGCUCCAACCUCUGAUGUAGAUCAAGUAAGAUAGUAUGUAUUGUUGUAAUGACAGUUCGGGUGGACACUUAUUUUUUCCAAAUUUCCUUAGUGAAAGAUGAUUUAGUAUGUGUGAGAAGUUAUGCAUGUAUGAAGUGCUUCGGAGCCCAUCCUGAAGAGUCCCGAUCCCACACCCGACCCGGUCCCAGCGCGCGGCGACGGGCACCCGCCCGGAGCCGCGCCGCAAGCCCACCCGUCUGCCCUUUAACAGCAUGUUCGACACACCAUACCAAUUGUCGCUUGUCUGACGGGCAACCGUUCCAUUGUUUUGAUUGUUGGGUACAACACUACUCGGGUCGUGGCGAUCGCGUGGCGCUCUUCGUGGCAUUGGUGCGUGUGACGCGUGUCUCCGUGUGCGGCUGCGGCGCGGCGCGGGCGGUGCGGCGCGUGCGGUGACUGCGGCGCCGGCGCAUGCAGAGCUCCCGAGCACGCUCCUCCGUCAAGGACGACAAGGACGGACACCUGGUGUACUGGCCCGGCUAUGUCAUGGGAGCGAGAU